UUUCGUUUUUUAUUUAUCACAUUUCACUUUAAUCAACAACAAUGAAACAAUUUAAUUAAUUAUAUUUACACUUUUUAUUCUUCUUUUUCUAUUUGUUGGUAGCUUGUAAUUUUUGCUAAUAUGAAGUUAACUGGAAAAUAUAUUGAUAAGGAAAAUUCUGGAUCGGUUGGUUUGAUACCUGAAGAGGAUGAAGAUAUGUGGCAUGCAUAUAAUCUCAUUGAAGCUAAUGAUUCUGUUAAAGCUUCCACGUUUCGUAAAGUUACACUUGAAUCUGCUACAGGAACUGCUGGAAGUAAUCGAGUUCGAACAACUUUAACACUAAAAGUAGAAUCAACCGAAUAUGAUACUCAGGCUUGCAUGGUUCGUGUUAAAGGAAGGAACAUUGUGGAAAAUCAAUUUGUUAAAAUGGGACAAUAUCAUACCCUUGAUUUGGAAUUAAAUCGAAAGUUUACUUUAAGUAAAGAGCAUUGGGAUUCGAUUGCUUUAGACCGACUAGAAAUGGCCUGUGAUCCAUCUCAUCGGGCCGAUUUAGCCGCUGUUGUAAUGCAACAAGGAUUAGCCAAUGUUUGCCUGAUAACAUCUUCGAUGACUCUGACCCGAGCUAAGAUAGAAAAUAAUAUUCCAAGAAAAAGGAAAGGUUUAUGUUCACAACACGAAAAAGGGAUGACAAGAUUUUUCGAAAAUGUGAUGCAGGCCAUUUUACGACACAUUAAUUUCGAUGUGGUCAAGUGUAUUCUAUUAGCGAGUCCUGGUUUUGUUAAGGAUCAAUUCUUUGAAUUUAUGGUACAAGAAGCAAUUAAACAGGAUAACAAGUUGAUCAUUGAAAAUAAGACUAAAUUUGUUCUUUGUCAUUCAUCUUCCGGAUUUAAACAUAGUUUAAAGGAGAUUCUUGUUGACCCAUUGAUACAAAAUCGUUUAGCCGAUACAAAAGCAGCGGCUGAAGUGGAAGCAUUAGAUUCAUUUUAUUCAAUGUUAUCAUGUGAACCUGAUAGAGCUUUUUAUGGAUUUAAACACGUGGAGAAAGCAAAUCAACUACAAGCAAUUGAGAUUCUACUCAUAUCUGAUCACCUUUUUCGAUGUAAAGAACCAUUGGUAAGGAAACGAUAUGUCGCUCUAGUUGACAGCGUUAAAGAGAAUGGAGGUGAAGUCAGGUUAUUUUCCAGUCUUCACGUUUCUGGAGAACAAUUACAACAAUUAACCGGAAUAGCUGCAAUACUGAGAUUCCCAAUUCCAGACAUGGAAGAAGAUGAUGAUUCAGAUGAUGAAGAGACAAAUAAUGAGACGAAAAAUGGAUUCACAGUGAAUGAGAAUACAUGAAAUGAAGUUUUCACCUUCACUCAAAUUGUCUGUUUAAUUUUUUAUCAUUCUGUGUAAAAUAUCAACUAAUAGUAAGGGAGUAAAAAUUAAGGUCCUUUUCCUUUGAGGAGCAUAAAAAAAUCACGUAUUUAUUUAUGUAGCUGAUGAAACCAAGGUGAUCACUCGGAAAAGUAAUGAUAUUUAUAAUUGUUUGUGAAUUUUGAAAGGAAAAGAAAAGAAAAACAAAAUGUUAAUUGCGAUGAUUUUCAUCUAAAAUGGUUAAAUUUGCUAAUCAGAAAGGUUGAAAUGGUUGGACCACUGAUUGAUCACAAUGGACGAUAAAGGCUCCACUAACUGCAUUUAAGGAUUUUCCUGACGUCUCAUCAAUUAGAUUGAUAUCUUCCGUUGAGAUUUUACCUUUGGUUAAAAGUGUCUUUGAAUCCAGUGAUUUACGACUUUUGAUUAACAUUUUACGACUAAAAUUGGCUGAUUUUGAUUCGUCCAAACGGGAAGAAUACAAUUUACUUCUUUCCUCAUAUUCUUUGGCAUCAUAAUUGGUUGUCUCAAAUGAUGAAAUAUCGAUAACACUUAAGGCCAUUCGAUGAAGACUUCGAUUCCAUGAUUUAGAUUGACGCCGACGAUCAUCAUCACCUUCAAGUGUCGCCGAUGUUUCCUCAUGAUCAAUUAUUCCCAAUCCAGAGGUGGGAUCUUUAGAUGAUGCUGAUCGUUCAUCAAUUAAUUGUUUACAAAAACAACAACCCAUUUUUGAUGAAUAUGAUGAUGAUUAUAAAACACUAAUCACUAAUUAUGUUGAUGAUGAUGGUGGUGAGGAUGAAAAUGAUAUUCCUGAUGAAUGGAUGAUUUUAUAAAACAAAAUGAAGGAAAUUCUGAUGAUUAAUUAAUUGGUGUCAAUGGACAACAAUAAAGUCAAUGGUUGACAAAAGGUGUAAAGCCAAAUAAGUACAAGUCAAUUUUUGGGGUUGAUUGUUAAUUGUUCAUCGUUGAUUUUUUUUUACACAAUUAAAGUGUAAACAAGACUAAUAAUCAAGUAACAAGAAAGACAAACAAACAGUUAAUACACAAAGGAAUCACUGGAAA